CGCGACGGCGCCUGUGGCUCGGAGUGGCGCGUUUGCGGCCUAGUUUCUUUUGCCGGGUCGAGGAGAGUGGAGACCGUCGGGCCUGUUUUCCUUCGGCCGCUGCUUUCGGUUAUUGUUAAAAUGUCUUUUCCACCUCACUUAAACCGUCCUCCAAUGGGAAUCCCAACACUUCCACCUGGAAUUCCACCUCCACAGUUCCCAGGUUUUCCUCCACCUGUACCUCCUGGGACUCCAAUGAUUCCUGUGCCAAUGGGUAUUAUGGCUCCUGCACCAACGGUAUUGGUUCCAACUACAGUGUCAAUGGUUGGAAAACACAUGGGUGUUAGAAAGGAACAUCCAGGUCUAAAGAAUAAAGAAAAUGAUGAAAACAGUGGACCCACCACCACUGUCUUUGUAGGCAACAUAUCUGAAAAGGCGUCCGACAUGCUUAUACGACAGCUUCUUGCUAAAUGUGGGUUGGUUUUGAGUUGGAAGAGAGUUCAAGGAGCAUCUGGAAAACUCCAAGCUUUUGGAUUUUGUGAAUAUAAAGAACCUGAAUCCACACUACGCGCACUGAGAUUGCUACAUGAUCUCCAGAUUGGAGAAAAGAAGCUACUUGUUAAAGUUGAUGCCAAAACAAAGGCUCAGCUGGAUGAAUGGAAAGCAAAAAAGAGGGCAUCCAAUGGGAACUCCAGGCCAGAAUCUGCAGCCGAUGAUGAUGAAGCCCUUGAUGAAGAAGCAAAGAGAAGAGACCAGCUAAUUAAAGGGGCAAUUGAAGUGUUAAUUCGGGAAUAUUCCAGCGAGCUCAAUGCCCCCUCUCAAGAGUCUGAUUCUCAUCCCAGGAAGAAGAAAAAGGAAAAGAAGGAGGACAUUUUCCGCAGAUUUCCAGUGGCCCCACUGAUACCUUAUCCACUCAUCACCAAGGAGGAUAUAAAUGCUAUAGAAAUGGAAGAAGAUAAAAGGGACCUGAUAUCCCGAGAGAUUAGUAAAUUCAGAGAUACACACAAGAAAUUGGAGGAGGAAAAAGGCAAAAAGGAGAAAGAAAGACAAGAAAUUGAAAAAGAACGGCGUGAAAGAGAGAGGGAACGGGAACGCGAAAGAGAAAGAAGGGAGCGUGAAAGAGAGAGGGAGAGGGAGCGUGAACGAGAGAAGGAGAAGGAACGGGAGCGGGAACGGGAUAGAGAUCGGGAUCGCACUAAAGACAGAGACCGAGACAGGGAAAGAGAUCGAGACAGAGACCGUGAAAGAAGCUCAGACCGGAAUAAAGAUCGGAGCAGGUCUAGAGAGAAAAGCAGAGACAGAGAGAGAGAACGGGAAAGAGAACGGGAGAGGGAACGGGAGAGAGAGCGGGAGAGGGAAAGAGAACGGGAACGGGAACGAGAAAAGGACAAGAAAAGAGAUAGAGAAGAAGAUGAAGAAGAUGCCUACGAACGGCGGAAACUGGAAAGGAAACUACGGGAAAAGGAAGCAGCUUAUCAAGAGCGUCUUAAAAACUGGGAAAUCAGAGAACGGAAGAAAGCUAGAGAAUAUGAAAAAGAAGCUGAGAGAGAAGAAGAAAGAAGACGGGAAAUGGCAAAAGAAGCUAAACGUUUGAAAGAAUUUCUAGAAGAUUAUGAUGAUGACAGAGAUGAUCCCAAAUAUUAUAGGGGAAGUGCUCUGCAGAAGCGAUUGCGAGACAGGGAAAAGGAAAUGGAAGCGGAUGAACGGGAUCGAAAGAGAGAAAAGGAAGAAUUAGAAGAAAUUAGACAACGUCUUCUGGCAGAAGGACAUCCAGACCCCGAUGCAGAGUUACAAAGGAUGGAACAAGAAGCUGAAAGACGUCGGCAGCCACAGACCAAACAGGAACCAGAAUCUGAGGAAGAGGAGGAGGAGAAGCAAGAAAAGGAGGAAAAGCGGGAAGAACCCGAAGAAGAGGAGGAGGAGCCAGAGCAAAAGCCCUGCCUUAAACCAACACUGCGGCCUAUCAGUUCGGCUCCAUCUGUUUCGUCGGCAAGCGGCAACGCAACUCCCAAUACUCCUGGGGAUGAAUCUCCCUGUGGCAUCAUCAUCCCACAUGAAAACUCUCCUGAUCAGCAGCAACCAGAGGAAUACAGGCCUAAAAUAGGACUGAGCCUCAAAUUGGGUGCCUGCAAUAGUCCCAACCAGCCUAAUGCUGUGAAAAGAAAAAAACUCACCGUUGACAGUGUGUUCAAUAAAUUUGAAGAUGAAGACAGUGAUGACAUGCCCCGAAAAAGAAAACUGGUACCUCUAGAUUAUGGCGAUGAAGACAAAGGUUCCUCCAAAGGCAACGUGAACACUGAAGAGAAGCGCAAACACAUUAAGAGUUUAAUUGAGAAAAUUCCUACAGCCAAACCAGAGCUAUUUGCUUAUCCUCUUGACUGGUCUAUUGUGGAUUCAACAUUAAUGGAAAGGCGAAUUAGACCAUGGAUUAACAAGAAAAUAAUAGAAUAUAUUGGUGAAGAAGAAGCUACGUUAGUUGAUUUUGUUUGCUCAAAGGUUAUGGCUCAUAGUGCACCACAAAGCAUCCUGGAUGAUGUUGCUAUGGUGCUAGAUGAAGAAGCAGAAGUUUUUAUAGUCAAAAUGUGGAGGUUAUUAAUAUAUGAAACAGAAGCCAAAAAGAUCGGUCUGGUAAAAUAAAGACUUCUUUUUAUGGUUCCAUUUCAAUUUUUGUUUCACAUCACUGAAGA